ACGUGAGGGGGGAAAUUUAUGAUCAUUCUGUUCUUCAAGUUGCGGAAACCGUGAACAUUUUGAAUCAUUAAUCGGGCAGAUGCGGACGUAAAACAUCUUUAAAAAUAUAAGAAUAUCAAGUGACGUGAACACUUAGUGAAUAAUAAGUUUAGUAAUUUAGAAAAAAAAUGUACACAUACUUCACUCUAUUUUUAGUCAUAGCCGAAGCACUUUAUUCAGAAUCGGCAUGGGAAUUUGACAGCAGACAAAAUUCCAAUGAUAAUGUUCAAUUUUUCUUCUAUUCGCCGAACUUACACUUCCGUGCACAACGCCAAGGGACAGAUGAUUUUCUGAAUUACGAUUAUUCAGACGACUCUGGAGGAGGAUGGAGAAACAAUGGAAUGAUGUUAAGGCAACAGUGGCAGCAGUCAUUCCAGCAAAACCCGACACAACAAUCGGUUACGAACGUUGAUGUUUGCAUCAGGGGCUGCCCAACCACAUCUGAAUACAACCCUGUAUGUGGCAGCAACGGCGUAACCUACACGAACCCCAGUCGCUUGGAAUGUGCCAAAUAUUGUGGAGUCGAUGUACAGCUGUCAAGAAGAUCGCGGUGUCCUAUUCCUGGAUUAGAGACACCGAGUCCAAGUACUGAACCAACGGCAUCAUCUGAGCUCCCAAUAUUUAUCCCUUUAACCCUACCACCUAGUCCAGUUACCCCUACACCUAGUACUAUAACCCCUACACCUAGUACUAUAACCCCUACACCUAGUACUGUAACCCCUACACCUAGUACUGUAACCCCUACACCUAGUACUGUAACCCCUACACCUAGUCCUGUUACCCCUACACCUAGUCCCGUAACAAACGGCCUUGGAUUCACAAUUCCCCAGGAUAUUUUAGACAACAUAUUCACCACAAACUACGGCGGUUUAAUAGACGAAAGGCAUGAAUGAAUCACAAUACUAAUAUUUGCUAAUGUCUAUUACUUAUUAUCUCAUUAAGUAAUAAAAGUUAUGCAUAAAUAAAGCAUGGUAUUUAGUAAUAAUUUUUUCUAUAAGCUAAUCACCUAAUUAUAUAUCACCUCAUGCAGGUAAUUGGCUCCUUUUUCUAUAUAUAAGUUAUGAAAAAAAGUUUUGGUAAGUAUUUGGCGUCAGUACCUACUUGGUGAACGACUCAGUUAUUGCAAAUAAGUAACAUGAAACCUGUGAUUAUGUUCAGUGAAAAGUGUAUAUUGUUGGUGAUAAUUUAUCUGGUGAAAGGAUUUUCCAGUGCAACAAUAAAUCGUAAGUAAAAUUAUUUUUAUUAUGGUUUCUCCCUUCCGUGUAGUAUAUUCGAGACCAGAAUAGUGAAUGAUUAAUAAUAAAGGCGAUGUCGAUGAUAAAAUAAUUCCCAGCAAUGAGUUUACUUUGAAGUUAGUUUAUUAUUUUUCAUCCAGUUCAUAUAAAUCAAAAAGUAUCUUUGAUGCAUUUUAGUUUGGUAUGAUAGAAAUAAAGAGAGCUUUUAAUGUCAGGACAUAGACAUCUAUUAGAUGUAUUUUUUUUGUAAAUUAUUUGUGGGGUGGCUUAAGUUAUAUACGUUUUAAGUUUGU